AUGAACUUGGUGGCGUCUCUUGCAUUUAGUUUCGUCUCACCACUUCUCCCCAUCACGACUGAUUCGAGGAAGAAAUGGAUUGACAAAUCCAGGCGGCACCACGAGGAGGCGCAAGAGUCCGACUUCUACCGCCCGUCCAUCUCUUGCGAAUCGUAG